AUGGCAGGUCGCGAUACCAUCGCAUCAGGUUCUUCGCGCCAAGAUAUCAUGAACGGCCGCCGCAAUGACAGAUCACCUGAGGAAUCACGAGCAGCAAUUGUUGGUCGCAAACGUGGCGCGCCUCAAGACAAUCUUGCAGGUGGCGACAAGCGAGCCAGACUGGAGAACGACAUUAUCACAAUCAGCGAUGAUGAGGAAGACCAUCGACGAGGUAGCAUCGAGUCGGGUGAGGUCGCCACGUCGGACUCGGGUAUGAGCGAAGCCUCUGCGGAGAUCACGCUCGAGACCAUUGAUAGUGAACGACUACGACCACAUAUCAGGGAUUACAUCGAGCGUGAAGACGUAUCUGUACUGGAAGCUGUGCGGCGCUUUGCUGUCAAGAACAGUGCUAUGCCUUUCGCUAAGGAAGCACGGGUCUUAGCGCGCAAAUGGGAGCAUAUCGAGGAGUCCCUGGGGCCGAAGCGAAGCAAAGGAACCCAAAACAAGACUGUAGCAGAGCAGCAUGAGGCUAUCGACAUUUCGGACGACGAAGGUGGUGUCUCGGUAGGUGGACACGCUGCUCACGACGAUGGUGGCGAUUAUGGCGCCCUUGCACGUCAAGCUGCAACGGGGAAUGCUCGCGCUGAUCGCGAGAUGCCAGGAGCCGUCUACCUAUCAGACCUCAGUCCGAACGACCAAGACCUGCAAAAGCGGUAUUUUGGCAUCAUACAUCCAUACGAGGCAGUGCGCUGUCUCGGUUGCGGAGGCCAGAAGCAUGUGCAAGCGACUUGCCCGGCCAAUACUUGCAAACACUGCGUAGGCGACCAUUUCGCUCAUACCUGUCCUACCAAUCGCAAAUGCCGACGCUGCCGACAACGUGGCCAUGGCUCGGAGAGCUGCUCAAAUCGACCUGUGUACGGGGGCGGAUCCGCUGACAAGUGCGACUAUUGCAGCGAGACUGGUCAUGUGGAGGAGGAAUGCACCACUUUGUGGCGUACCUACCACCCAGACAAUGACCCGGAGCCCGUGAUGCAGAUCUUCAAGGCUGACAUGCGGAAAGCAUGCUACAACUGCGCUUCAUCGCAACAUUGGGGUGACGAUUGCCCAACCCUACCAAGCUUCGCGCGUGCGUUGGGUAAGAGUGGUUUGUGGAGUGGUGAGCAUGCGAGCAGAUUUAUCAAAGAUAUUCUGCAAGACGAGGUCCUUCAAGAUGGGCGACCUGAUGCUUGGAUUUCUGUCAACCAGCAUUCGAACGCAUAUCAGCUUGCGCAGUUCGACGACUAA